UUGGUCACAGCCCAUGGUUAUCAUGAAGUUUCUUUGUUAUUAUGAAGUUAAUAAAGGGUAGGCUAUAGAGAAUGCCCAGCUUCUUUAUAUUUUCCACCAACCGUACCGAACCGUGGGGUUUAUACCGAGGUGUGAACCGAACAGUGAAUGUUCUGUACUGUUACACCCCAUUACAUAGUGUUGCAUCGUCUGAAGGUCCAGGUAGCAGCAGCAGCAGCGGCGGCAGCGCCACCAGUCUGUCUGGUGUCUGUCUGCUCGGGCAGUCUGCGAGUCUGCCAGCAAAAAAAAGCAGGAGUGGCUUAUACUACGACUAAAGCAGAGGAAUGAUGGGCGGCCAAACCAAGCAGCAGCAGCAGCUCAGACUGGUGUUCAGGGAUUAGUGCUGCUCACAGGGUAACGAGAAGCUGUGUGUAAGAAGAAGAAGAAGAAGAAGAAGCAGCUGCUGCUGCUGCUGCUGCUGCUGCUGCUGCUGUGGUGGUGAGGAUCUCCCUUAUCUCAUCUCGCCUCCUGGUUUAUUUCCCCAAAGUUAAAGCAGCCGGAGCGUCCAUGACUGCUGUGAGAUGGAGUUUACACACAUGGAGCAGCACAUGAUAAUGAUGGAGCCACACAGUCGUUCUGAGUGAAGGUGAGAGUUGUUCUCGUCUUUAAUAAAGAUGCUGGAAGAGCCGAGCGGGACACACACUAGACCACCCACCCCCAAAUCAACCUCUUUCAGUUUCUCUGCCCUGGCGUCCCUACCACACUGCCUUCACAUGGACGGGAGCAGUCACCCCAUCAGGAGGACUCUGUACCGGCUGAAGUUAGUGAGCUCUCCGAACCUGAGCCAGUUGGGAAAGAGUGAAAAGGCGUCUCUGGAGGAGCAAGGCUCAGGGCCCAACGCCACAUGGAACAGCAUUCACAAUGCAGUUAUUGGAGUAUUCCAAAAGAAAGGUUUGGCUGACAAUGAGCUGUAUACACUCAAUGAAGGCGUAAGGCAGCUGCUAAAAACUGAGCUGGGCUCAUUUUUCACUGAGUACUUGCAGAACCAGCUGCUGACUAAAGGGAUGGUCAUUCUGAGGGACAAAAUAAGAUUCUAUGAAGGUCAGAAAUUGCUGGACUCGCUGGCUGAGACGUGGGACUUCUUCUUUUGUGAUGUUCUCUCCAUGCUGCAGGCCAUCUUUCACCCAGUCCAGGGGAAGGAGCCAUCAGUGCGCCAGUUGGCUUUGCUGCUCUUCCGGAACACCAUUACUCUGAACAUGAAGCUGGAAGAGGCUCUGUCCAGACCACGGGCUCGCGUCCCUCCUUCUAUUGUCCAAAUGCUUCUGGUGCUACAGGGUGUUCAUGACUCUAGGGGUGUAACAGAGGAGUAUGUAAAGUUGGAGUCGCUCAUUCAGAAGGUGGUGUCACCCUACCUGGGCACGCAGGGACUGUGCUCACACGACUGUGAUUCCAUCCAGUGCUCCUGCACUAUUGAAAAGCGUUUGCAGUGGUGCUGGUCAAAGCCCGGGGACAUACCAAGUACUAACCCAGUGGUGCGCUCCAAAAGUUACAACAUCCCCAUGCUGACCCCUGUGGCUGAGUACGACUGCGAGGCCAGCUCAGUGGGCAGUGUGGGUAUCCGGCGUCACUCCGCCUGUGAAGUCACUUCCUGCAUGGAACAACAGGGGUACUCUUCACUUUCUGUGGGCAUAGAGACCAGCUCCACCCCACGGCUCUCUCUGGAUCAUGACCUGACCAUAUCGGGGGUAAUUAGAGGAGCUGCUGGACAGCCUGCCAUCUUUGUCCAUAACGCAGCAGGACCCUUACACACUGGCCCCCAGACCUCCUCAACAGAGAUGGAGAAAGUUGUCUCCUCUCCUACUAGCUGCUCCUCCAGCCCGGAAACUAUCGUCAUGCAGGGAGUAGAUUCACUGGAGUCAGAUCAGGACGGGAUAUUUAUUGACUUUUCCCAUUGCCGCUCUGACUCUUUCGGCACCAGUCGGAAAACCAGUUGACUUUACUUGCAAUGUGCAAUGGAAUGAACAUCAUUUGUGGCUCAGUAGCUGCUGCUCACUGAAUUGUGUACACAGCAGUUGAAUUUAAAGAUUCACUAAAUGGAUUUAAUAUCAUACUUCCAUUUUUUUUUCUAAACUGGAAGUGGUUUUCACAGCAUUAAAACUCUUGCUGCCAGCCUUACUGUAAGAAGAAUAAACUCUAAAAAGAACUGUAUCCGAUGUGUGUUUUAAAAGCUGUGUUUUUUAUGUGUUCCACCAGGCUGAACUGUAGCUUUUGGAGAUAUUUCUACAUAUGGUUUCAUAGGUACUUGCUGUUACAUGGAGAGCUUAAUCUGCUUAACUGAGUUUCCAUGUAUGUAUAAAUUACACACGAAUGUGAAAUGUUAAAUCUGUGAUUGCUAUGGACUUUAAUAUAUCACUUCCAUUUCAUUCAUUUUUACUUCAUAGGGCUUUGAACAUCAGUCAGGUGCCUCAGUUUAAGGUGUAUUUGGGUCAGACUGAAGAUAAGUGAAGAUAAGUAAAAGAUAAGCAAUGUUAAGACCAUGAACUUUAAGGUUUAUAAGUAACGUAUGAGAAAUACGAUACAGUUACCUGUUUAGCAUGCUGGUGUUUAAAAAUGUUGCACUCAAACCUUUAUUGUAUUUUUAGCUGCACUAUUGUAAAAUGGGGGGGAAGGGAUUUACUACAAAAUGUAAAAUGUACUGUGCCGUGUUCAGCUGAGUCACGUGAAAUUUCUGGCCAGUAAAUUGAUUGUAGUUCAGUUUAGAUGACUGGCUUUAGCUGUAGCUCAAUAAUUAUUUUAUUUACAUGAAACAUGACCUUUUUUGUUUGUCUUAAACAAAUGAACGAUUUAUAGAUGAAUUACAAAUAGAUUUGAUAAUUGUUCACCUGUUCACUUUUUAAAGCCACCUCUGUGAGGGUGACAAUUAUAGACUAAACAAAUAUUUGUUCAUUCAAAGCUUCAGAUAUAAUAAAUAGUAGAUCUGGGCUAUACCCAGCACUGAUUACACCUAAAAUAUUAGCUGAUAAUUACAUAUUGGACAUGCAAACCUACUGGAAUGAAGUCUCUUAAACAUUAAAUAGUAGAGGUUCUCUGUCUUCUCAAAGAUGCUACAAAAUGUUACAAGAGACUAUUUAUAUUGCACACUUGUGAAAUGUGAACUGUAUUUUGUUUGUAAAUACAAUUUUUUAAUUUCCAUAAUGAAAUGUUGGAAAUGAGCUUUAAGCCCAUGUUUAUAAAAUGUCAUAGGGGCUGUGUAGUUUUAUAGGAGUUUGGACAGUUUUUUACACAUGCAGUGUUUUUAGAAAUGCAGUUGGGGAUGCCCACUUUUUUCUUAGUAGCUUUUGUGUUGAUCAGUUUCACAAAUGCAAUUGUUUGGCAUUCAUAUGUGACACUACACAUGCAUUAAAACAUUUUUUUGAAGUAAAAA